AUGAUUUCACUGAACUCAAUUAAUCGCUACUUGAUUGCCUUAUCCACUGCAGAGAUGAAACAUCACGAAGAGUUACUCGAGGAUAUUAGAGAUGACGCAUCUACGAAUUUAUUGCCUGACAAAGAUUUACCAAAAUUUGGUGAGCCAUUACAAAAUGUUACGGUACCAGUGGGGCGAGAGGCGGUGCUGCAAUGUGUUGUUGAUAAUCUACAAACCUACAAAAUUGCGUGGUUGCGCGUCGACACACAAACAAUACUGACGAUACAAAAUCACGUUAUAACGAAAAAUAACCGAAUGAGCAUAACCCAUGCUGAGAAGCGUGCUUGGAUAUUGAGAAUACGUGACGUUAAGGAAGCGGACAAAGGCUGGUAUAUGUGUCAGAUCAAUACGGAUCCGAUGAAAAGUCAAGUUGGUUACCUGGAUGUUGUGG